AAUUAUAUGCAUGUUGACCGGUAAACAUGGCGACCUUCCACACAGAAACCGUGCAAUCAGGGUUGGCCUUGAGCAGACUCCACAUCCUAUUCCACUCGGUGGCACUCUUGUUUCUCUAUUACUACCGCAUAAGCCACAUCUUACUGGAACCAAGCUUUGUAUGGAUUUUCAUGACCAUAGCGGAGCUUAUCUUCGGCGAGCUCUGGCUCUUCAAACAGGCGUUCCGGUGGCGGCCCGUGUCGAGGGCCGUCAUGCCGGAGAAGCUGCCGAGCGACGGCAAGCUUCCGGCGCUCGACAUCUUCGUCUGCACGGUUGACCCCGAAAAGGAGCCGACGGUGCAGGUGAUGGACACCGUCAUCUCCGCCAUUGCCAUGGACUACCCCUCCAACAAGCUCGCCGUGUACCUUUCCGACGAUGGCGGGUGUCCGGUGACUCUGUAUGGGAUCAGAGAGGCUUCUCGGUUCGCAAAGGAGUGGGUUCCGUUCUGCAGAAAGUAUGGGAUCAAUUCACGGUGCCCCAAGGCCUUCUUCUCUCCCAUGGGGGAGGAUGAACGUGAACUGCUUCUUCUUCGCAACCAUGAAUUCUUGGCAGAGCAAGAACAACUCAAGGCUAAAUACAAUAUAAUGCAAAAAAAUAUUGACGAAUUUGGAAGAGACCCUAAAAAUCGUUCCAUUGUGUUUGAUAGACCAGCUCGCAUUGAGAUUAUAAAUGAGCAAUCCGAAAUACCACUGGUUGUUUAUGUGUCUCGUGAAAGAAGGCCAAAUGUUCCUCAUACAUACAAAGGGGGAGCCCUCAACACAUUGCAAUUGUGGUUGCAGCUCAGAGUCUCAGGGCUAUUCAGUAACGGGCCCUAUGUACUUGUAGUUGAUUGUGAUAUGUAUUGCAAUGAUCCAUCAUCAGCUAAACAAGCCAUGUGCUUUUUUCUUGAUCCUGAAACCUCCAAAGAUAUUGCUUUUGUCCAAUUCCCUCAAAUGUUUCACAACCUUAGCAUGAAAGACAUCUACGAUAGUCAACAUAGGCAUGCUUUUACAACAAUGUGGCAAGGAAUGGAUGGACUAAGAGGUCCAGGUCUUUCUGGUAGUGGCAAUUACUUAAGUAGAAGUGCAUUAAUCUUUCCAAGCCCAUAUGAAAAAGACGGCUAUGAACAUAAUGCCCAAAACAAAUUUGGCAACUCUACCAUGUACAUUGAAUCAUUAAAGGCCAUUCAAGGACAACAAACUUAUAAAACGAGCAUUUCAAGAAAUGUGAUUUUACAGGAAGCAGAAGCAGUGGCCUCUUGUUCCUAUGAAAUAGACACAAAUUGGGGUAAUGAGGUAGGAUUCUCAUAUGUUAUAUUACUGGAGAGUACAGUUACUGGCUAUCUUCUUCACUGUAGAGGAUGGAGAUCAACUUACCUUUACCCCAAAAGACCUUGUUUCUUGGGAUGUGCCCCCACUGACUUCAUGGAAGGCAUGCUUCAGUUGGUGAAAUGGAGUUCUGAACUUUUCUUGCUAGGAAUAUCCAAAUACAGCCCUUUCACUUAUGGGAUUUCAAGAAUUCCUAUUCUGCACAACUUUACCUUUUGCUACUUCACAUCUACAUGUCAAUAUAUUGUUGCCUUAAUAGUAUAUGGCAUCAUUCCUCAAGUAUGCUUCUUGAAAGGAACUCCUGUGUUUCCUAAGGUUACAGAACCAUGGUUUGUAGUUUUUGCAAUAUUAUAUGUAUCCUCUCAAAGUCAACAUUUGAUUGAAGUCCUUUAUGGUGGUGGCUCUUUGGGAACAUGGUGGGAUGAACAAAGAAUAUGGAUUGUAAAGUCAAUUGUUGGAGGCAUAUUUGGAUCUAUACUAGCAAUCAAGAAACGUUUUGGGUUAAACAAAGCAAAAUUCAUUUUAUCAAAUAAAGUUGUUGCCAAAGAGAAGUUUGAGAAAUAUGAACAAGGUAAGUUCGAGUUCGAAGGUGCAGCUUUGUUCAUGUCUCCAUUGGUUGGAUUACUCAUAGUGAAUAUUCUUUGCUUCUUUGGUGGUUUAUGGAGACUAUUUAAUGUGAAAGAUUUUGAAAAGAUGUCUGGCCAACUUUUUCUACUUGGCUAUCUGGCGGCGCUCAGUUAUCCCAUUUUUGAGGGGAUAAUAACCAUGAAAAGCAAGGUGCAAUAGUAGUUUGUCAAUGAUUAGGCUAAUUUAGGUAUUUGAACUUUGUUCACAAAUAAUUUGCUUCAUAUGAAAAUCUAAAGUGCAUGCUAAAUGUUUGUAUCUUAAUAUGUAAUUAGCGUGCUUUUAUUUCAUGCAUGAGAAUAUGGCUAUCGAUUUUAAUUAGGAGCAAAAUGUAUGUUCUUACUCCAUUUUUAAUGCAAUUUCUUUAUUUUCUUGCCAAUUAAA